CGUUCUGCGCUACGUAGCACUUGAAUAGGCGAGCUACCUAUCGAAUCGAAACUAAAAACAAACAUAUUUUCAUUCUGGAUCUGGUAAAUAAACGAAGUUAAACGUGGCAGCUCCAUGCUGUUGUUUUAUUACCUGCCGUAUUAAAUGUGGGAUUCGGGAAUACGCUUAAAGCAACUCGUAUUUGACCGGGAGAAGGGAACUGUACAGCAAUUCCUUAGUAAGAGAGAAGCGGACGAGGCCCACAGGCAAGCCCCUGGAGGAGAUGACCUGAAGGCGUACCUUUGUUGCAAAGGAGCUGAUAUGCCGUGAAGAUGAGCAUCUCGAGGGACAGCAUCUCUGACCCAGCACGGACAGAGUCCCGGAAGCGGAGGGAGGAUGUGGCUGAACACCUGGGCCCCAGCCCCAAACGAUGCGCGGACAAACGAAACCGCGAGCAAGAGAACAAGUACAUCCAAGAACUGGCCGAGCUCAUCUUCGCCAACUUCAAUGACAUCGACAACUUCAACGUAAAGCCUGAUAAAUGUGCAAUCCUGAAGGAGACUGUGAAGCAGAUACGGCAGAUAAAAGCACAAGAGAAAGCUACCUCAGCCAGUGCAGGGGAGGUGCAGAGAGCCGAUGUCUCGUCCACAGGCCAGGGCGUCAUCGACAAAGAUGACCUGGGGCCCAUGAUGCUGGAGGCGCUGGACGGGUUCCUGUUUGUGGUCAACAUGGAGGGGAACAUUGUGUACGUGUCAGAGAACGUCACGCAGUACCUGCGCUACCACCAGGAGGAGCUGAUGAGCACCAGUGUGUACAGCGUCUUGCACGUGGGCGAUCACGCUGAGUUCAUCAGGAACCUGCUGCCGAAGGCCUUGGUGAAUGGCGUCCCUUGGGCCAGUGAUCCACCUAAUAGGAGCAGCCACACCUUCACCUGCCGCAUGCUGGUGAAGCCCCAGAGCCAGUCUCCCACCAGCCCACAGCCCCCCGACCAGCUGCCCCAGCAGAAGUACGAGACCAUGCAGUGCUUCGCCGUGUCUGAACCAAAGUCCAUCAAGGAGGACGGGGAAGAUCUGCAGUCGUGUCUGAUCUUUGUGGCACGACGUAUGCCCCUGAAGGACAGGCCUGUCGGCCCACCAGCACAGGAGAGUUUCACCACCCGGCAAGACCUGCAAGGUAAGAUCACCUCUCUGGACACCAGCCAGCUGAGAGUUUCCAUGAAGCCCGGCUGGGAGGACCUGGUCAGGCGCUGCAUCCAGAGGUUCCACCUGCAGAGUGAUGGAGAGAUGUCCUUCGCCAAGCGCCACCAGCAAGAGGUCCUGAGACACGGACAUGCCUUCAGCCCGGUGUAUCGCUUCUCCCUGUCAGACGGCACCAUGGUGUCCGCUCACACCAAGAGCAAACUGGUGCGGUCGCCCAUCACCAAAGAACCGCAGCUCUACCUGUCUCUACACGUCCUUCAGAGGGAAACGGCCAUCAGUGGGACGGUCCAGGUUGGGAAAGCCCUGAAUUUGGGCUCCUGCACCACACCCCCUGUCCAGGGCGGAGGUCCUACUGGGACGCAGGUCCAGGAUGGGGCCACUGGUGGCCCCACAGACGCGGGACAGGGGCAGGGACAGGGACAGGGACAUGGGCAGGGGCAGCCCCAGGGGGGCAGGUUGGGGUGUCAGGGCCCAGUGAACCACGGCCCUCAGGGGGGUAACUACGCGCUGAAAAGCAGCAGCCCCGCCCGCUCCCCCAUGCUUUCCCCCCGGCUCCACCCCAGCCCGGGGGCGGCCCCGGCCCAAUUCUCCCCCGGGGCGGAGACUCACAGCUUCUCCAACAGUUCCCUGAGUGCCCUGCAGGCCCUGAGCAAGGGCCACGCCGUCGCCACGGAGACGUCCCACCCGCAGAGCUCACUCGGCAACACCGCCGCCUCGCCUCAUUGGCCGAGCUCGAGCAAGCCCGAUGGCCCCACCCAGCAGAGGGAGAAGGAGGCGGGAGCGGGGCCCCAGGGCGACGCCCCAAACACGCUCCUGAACAGCAAGGGCCACACCAAACUGCUGCAGCUCCUCACCACCAAAACCGAGCAGGUGGACCUGUCGGCCCCCGUUCCGGCCCCAGGGCCCCCGACCACGGGCCCCAGCCAUGGCGCCUCCCUGAAGGAGAAGCACAAGAUCCUCCACAUGCUGUUGCAGAACAGCACCUCCCCUGUGGACCUGGCCAAAAUCACCGCCGAGGCCACAGGCAAGGAGUCCAAGCAGGACCCGGGCCCCGGCCCCGGCCCCAAGCAGGAGCCCGCCAGCCCUAAGAGGAAGGACAACGCGCUGCUGCGCCACCUGCUGGACAGCGACGAGAACGCCACACCUGAGCCCGCCGUGAAGGCGGAGCCUGGGGACGACCGGCCUAUCGGGGCGGAGCCCGGGACCGAACACGAACGCCUCCGCGGUCACGACCGACCGCAGCAGAUGGGCUGUGAGCCCGUUCCAGGCUCCCGCCAGCAGAGGGCGCUCUCGGGUAGCAGUGUUCCCAGGGCGGGCCAGCCAGUGAAGGCAACCACGGGGCGGAGCUUGUCCCUGGACACGAGUGUCCAAAACCAGGCCUCGCCCAGACCUUACCCCCCUCUCAGGAACAGCAGCCCCUACCCCACCUUGCAGCAGCCAGGCAUGAUGGGAAAUCAGACCAACAUGGGCGGCACAGGAAUGCCAGGUGGGCCCCCCCCUCGUUUGGGCAUGCAGCAGGAGCAGUGGGGCAUGGUCAGGCCCACGCCCCCCACCAUGGCCGGCAUGGCCAAUCAGCUCCUUCAGGGGGCGGUGCCCGGACAGGUCGGCCCGGUUCCCAUGAGGCUGAGCGGCAGCCAGCUGGGACCCAGGCAGAUGCUGCCUGCGCAGAUGGUCAGAAACGCAGCUCCGCCACACCUGGGGCUGAGCGGGUCUCGGGUUGCCCAGCAGCAAGCACCACCCAAUCAGACAGCACCAUGGCCAGACCAAAUGAUGCCCAUGGACCAGCAUGCCUUUGGGGCCCAGGGAAGGCAGUUUGGUGCUCCCCUGGAGAACGCCCCAUGCCUCUCAGAGCCCCCAGACGAGGGGGCGCUGCUGAAUCAGCUCUACUCAGCGCUGAAGGAUUUUGACGGCUUGGAGGAGAUUGACCGCGCGCUGGGCAUCCCAACGCUGGUGAGCCAGACCCAGCCGGGGGAACAGGACCGGUUUGCCACCCAGAGCCCCAGUGCCAAGCCCCCUGUGUACAGCCAGCAGUACACCACGCCCCCCUCCCAUACCCCCGUGCAGGACUCCUCCUAUCACAGCGCGGCUGGGCCUAUGGGAGCGCAGCCAGGCUACCCCAUGCUCCACCCCCACACCCAGACCCGGCCCGGAGUCCGGCCCCCCAGUGCCACGCCCGGUCAGCCCAACUCCCUGCGGCUACAGCUGCAGCACCGCCUGCAGACACAGCCGAACCGGCAGCCAAUCAUGAAUCAGAUGGGGAGCGUGCCCAAUAUGAACCUGCCUCUGAGACCCAACGUCCCUGGGCAGGGGGCGAUGACCUCUCAGGUGCUGGCUCAGAGGCAGCGGGAGCUGCUCAACAGCCGCCUGCGUCAGUGCCAGCUGGAGCAGGCCCAGCAGCAGAGGUCCAUGAUGAUGCGAGCGCAGGGCGUCGGCAGCGUACCGGGCGUGGCCACCAGCCCGAGGGUGGGCCAGCAGAGCCCCCAGCACGCCCCCUACACGCCCAGCUACGGUACAGGACUGGCCUCCCCCCAGGCUCCCACCAGUCCCUUCUCCCCCACCUCCCCCAGCCUCCCCGCCCCACAGCUCCUCUCCCAUGGCUCCGCCCACAUGGGCCCAGCUGCCCAGGGAAUGAUGGGAAAUGUAGGCGGUGGGCAGUAUGGAGCUCAGAUGCAACACAGUGCCUUCCAGUUUCCCAGCUCAGAGAGAAAUUGUAGGUUAGGAGUUGCACCCGAUCACCUGGGACUCCCCUGUCUCCCAGGUAUGGCCCAGCAGCCUGACAUGGCUUUUGCAGGAGCUGCCACUCCUCAGAGCCCCCUGAUGUCCCCCAGACAGACCCACACCCAGAGUCAAAUGAUGCAGCAGCCACAGUCCGGCCCCACCUUUCAGCCCCCCUCCGACAUGAAUGGAUGGAUGCAGGGCCACAUGGGUGGGAGCAGCAUGCUGACACAACAACCAACGUCUCAGUUUGUGCAUCAAUCCAAUGGGGGAAUGUACAACCCCAACCACAACAUGAACGGCAACAUGAACCUGAACAUGAAUGUGAACAUGUCCUCCAUCACCAGUCCCGGCAGCAUGAACAAUCUGAACCAGUGCUCAGGGCAGAUGGGCAUGUCCUCUGCAAACUCUGUGCCUACUUCUGGCCUUCCCCCAAAUGAGCAGAAGUAUUGUUGAGCCUCAUCUCAUGUGGACCCUGGAUGCAAUAGCGUACUGGAAGCAGUUGGCAACCAAUGGAAUCACAGCAUCUCACUACAGUCUAGUCUGCAUCCAGUGAAAUCUCUGACAUCUGACAGUUAUUGGAGCACCGGUUGCUGCUUGCCACCUCUUCUCACUAAAGGUUCAGGAAGGCAUCCUUUUCCGGCUAAAACCAGUUCACUUUGAAAACAACUCAUUCCCGCUCAGAAGUCACAUGAUUCCUGUCAGUCCACCCUGAAUGACAAACUGAUGUUGGCAUCAGGACUCUUUAUCAGAUGGAGUGUGCUACUCUCUGGGAACCACAAUCACUUCAGUUACCUCCUUAAAGCCAAGCAGCACUGUUUGUGUUGGACUGUGUACAUUUCUCUCUUUAUUCUUACAGUUCUCUGCAUUGGUUGUCAUCAAAUGUCUGGAAGAUAGUUGAAUGUAUUUUUCAGGGUUAGACAGGGAUUGAAGGGAAAAUUUUAGUAAAUUAAUUGUGAGGGGGUAAUAAAUGACCUGAGAGGAUACACAUUUUAGAAAAAUGGUUAUGAUGGUUUAUAUUAUUAAACCAGUUUAGUAUAGUUUACUAAGAGGUUGAUUAGAUUAAAUUAAAAGUUUUAUUUUGUGUAUAGACCAGUUUAAAAAAUAAUUUAAAGAGUUUAAACUAGUAGCUACUUUGUAAUGAAACAAAAAAGAAGAAAAAAAUUCAACUUUUUUCAGGUGACAUGAGGUUUCAUUUAAAAUAUCAGCUGCUGUGUUUUAAUUCCCCCAAAACGGUUCUAUUUGAAAAUAUUUUUCAAAUAUGGAUAUUUUUUCCAGUAGUUUCUGAUAAAAAGAGGCAUCCCAUGUUGUUUUAAUAACAGUGAAAUUGUGAUAGAUCUUUCUUUACAUACCAUUUUAAUCUUCCCAGUCUGGUCUUAAUUUUUGUUUCUGAUUUAAGAAAGAAGGCAAGGCUCAGUUCUUACAUGAUUACCUCAUUUUCCAGUGGUACAGCGAGACGUGGGUGAGGUUUAUCUUCAGAACAUAAUUUUAUACAGCAUAUGUAUAAAAUGCAUAUGUUAUACUCUCACCAUAGAUACUGUGAUGAAGUAAAAAAAAAAAAAAAAAAAAAAAAAAAAAAUUUAAAAAAAAGAUAGAAACCCCAGAGCCAUAAUAUGAACUGAACAGGGAUUUCACUGUUGUUAGGGGUGACCAUAGUCUCUUAGGUGGAGAAUCACAGAAUGUUCCACUGGAUAGCGCUAAUUAACUAUUCCUCAAGGAUCUUAGCCAAUACCAGGUGGGCCGUUUUGUUUAACAUGUCUUGUAACACCUCUUCAGAACAGCUAUGUUUUGAUCCCUGUUUAGUAAGUAUCUUAUCUUUUUUAUUGCUGGAUGUUUUUAAAAAUACAAAAUGACCUUCCUCGUUUGUUCCCUAAUGGAGGUUGCUGUGCAUGGGAUGCUAGGUCAGGGUAUUAAACUGUCGGAUUGUAACAACUUCUACUGAUGGCUGAAGAUCACCGCCAGUAACCCCACCUCUGAGUGUGGGGGAGGAUACAGCUGAUUCCUGAAAACCAAACCUUAUAUCCACCAAUCAUGCAAAGGAUUGUGGGUGGGAUAUUGCAGUUCUGGCUCAGGUGGUUGGAAUAAAAUGUACGUGCAGAGGGGUGAUCUAUCUUGGGUAAGCAUAACAUUGCGAUUUAAUGAUUAAAUACAUACCGCUUUCCCCCAAUAACUUCUACUGAUAACCUCCCCUAGACUACCAACUAAAAGCCUAAUUUAACAGUCUACCCAAAGUAUGAACUUCUUUAGGCAUUUUCAGUCAUUUUCAUCAGAAAUAAUUUGGCACAUCUCUUUUAUUGAUUUGUUUCAUUGCAGGUUUGUCUUUAAAGAAAGAUCACAGACUCCCUCAAACACAUUCUGCUGUUAAGGCAUUGGCAAUAUAUUGAGGUCUUUUCCCUCUUUAGCUUAUAGCUUUUCACUGAAGCUGAAAAAUGCCUUUCUGGCUUCUACUGGAUUUGCAGAUCCCAUUUAGAGUGUACAACCCUGAAAUCAAUCUUUACCUCAUAUACUGUUCAUUAUAUGCAUAUCUUAACCUUUUUAGUUGCCUUCCCCAAAAAUAGGCAUCUUCUGACCAAAAUCAACUUUCACAGCUACAGACUAACUUCUCACAUUGAAUUUAUUAACCAAAACUAUCUGUAUAUAUCACAUUCUGACAAAGUUUUUUUUAUUUUAUUGGGGGUGGAUCUAUGUUAUUUUUGCAUCACAUUUAAGUUAUUCUAAGGGUUUUCACUUCUUGAGACUAGCCAGAUGUCUGUCCCUUUUGCAAAAUCCAAAGAUUUUUUGUCACUAUGUUUUAAAAAAAAAAAACACUCAGUAUUUCUGUACAGGAGGUUGUGAAUUGUGCAAAUAAUGUAUUGCAUUUAGACAUCAAAAUGAUAUACAGCCAUUGUUUUUAAAAUAUCUCAAUUUGAUUUAGUUUAGAAAAUGUGCUCAUUUUCUCCCUUUGCUGGACUGCUGUUUUCUUAAGAGAUGGGGAAGGCUCAUUGUUAGCAUCAAAAAGAUAACACAUAGCACCUAAUGCCUUAGGUAUUUUCGUCUUGUAUAUUACUAUAAAAUCAGUUGUAUAAUAUUUGUAUAGUCAAUUAUGUACAGUGUUGAAUGAGGGUGUCAUCACUCAACAUGUCUUUGUUGCUGGAAACGCAGGAUUGUCCUCACCUCAUUACCUCUUAGUUUUCCCAUAUUGUAUUUGUGAACAGUUGUAAAAUACUCUAUUAUUUGCACAAUGUUUUCAUUGACUGUCUGAGAAUUGUGAAUGAAAUGGGUGAUGUGUCGGUAAGUCUAAGAAGUAGGCUUUGUAAAAUGUAUAUGUUGAUUCUGGGGAGCAAUCGAAUCCCAAUGGAUUCCCCCUCCACGUUCACACCAAAUAAUCACCUCAUUGCUGUUUGCAGUCAUCGUGUGGGUACUUAAUGCAAAGGCCGAUAUUUCGUGAAGGAAACCUGAGCGCAUUAUGCAAGUUGUUCACUUAUAUCGCUUUGUGUAUGUCAGGCAGUGUUCUAUGCCUUUGUAAAUAAAUAAUUCUGCAAUUUUUGGAAUGAUGAA